ACUAUAAAUAAUUGACUUUAUGCUACGUUGUUCUUCGAGCUUCUCCUCUUUGCCAAGCUAAAGAGGCUUUCCGUAAAAGUGAGGCUCCUUUCAUUACUUAUAGUAGCAACGUCCCUCCAACCCCGAAGAAUAAAAGUUUCUUCUACUGGUAUAUAUAACAAUGGUAGAACCUCGGCGUUUACUCCUGAUAUUCUUUUUGUCGACAUUGUUGAUUGCUUAUAGCAAUGCAAAUGUCGAAGAGAUUCAGAAGGAUACCGAGGAAGGGGACGAAGAAGUUAAGGUAGGAGGUCAGAAGGCUCUGGGUGUGACAUACGACGCAAGGUCCUUGAUCAUCAAUGGCAAACGAGAGCUUCUCUUUUCGGGAGCUAUCCAUUACCCACGUAGCACCCCAGAUAUGUGGCCGGACCUGAUUAAAAAAGCUAAGCAGGGAGGCAUCAAUGCGAUUGAGACGUAUGUUUUCUGGAAUGGACAUGAACCAGUUGAGGGACAGUACAACUUUGAAGGAGAAUUUGACUUGGUGAAGUUCAUCAAGUUGAUUCAUGAGCAUAAGUUGUAUGCAGUCGUUAGGGUUGGCCCCUUUAUUCAGGCUGAAUGGAAUCACGGAGGAUUACCAUAUUGGUUAAGAGAGGUCCCCGGCAUCAUUUUCCGAUCCGAUAAUGAACCUUUCAAGAAACACAUGAAAAGGUUUGUGACCUUGAUUGUUGACAAACUGAAGCAAGAGAAGUUGUUUGCUCCACAAGGAGGACCUAUUAUUUUAGCACAGAUAGAGAAUGAAUACAACACUAUUCAAAGAGCAUUCAGGGAAAAAGGGGAUAGUUAUGUUCAAUGGGCCGGUAAACUGGCCCUUAGCUUGAAUGCCAAUGUCCCAUGGAUCAUGUGCAAGCAGAGGGAUGCCCCAGAUCCCAUUAUCAAUACAUGCAAUGGAAGGCACUGUGGAGAUACUUUCUAUGGUCCAAAUAAGCGCAACAAGCCGGCAUUGUGGACUGAGAACUGGACUGCACAGUAUAGAGUAUUCGGUGAUCCACCAUCCCAAAGGUCAGCUGAAGAUUUGGCAUACUCAGUUGCUCGAUUCUUCUCCAAAAAUGGAAGCAUGGUCAACUACUAUAUGUACUAUGGUGGCACCAAUUUUGGCAGGACAAGUGCCUCAUUUACAACAACUCGUUACUAUGACGAAGGCCCUCUUGAUGAAUUUGGUCUUCAAAGGGAACCAAAGUGGGGUCAUCUUAAGGACGUCCACAGGGCCUUGAGUUUGUGCAAAAGGGCUCUAUUUUGGGGGGUUCCUACUACUCUAAAGCUGGGUCCAGAUCAACAGGCUAUAGUCUGGCAACAACCUGGAACUUCAGCCUGUGCAGCUUUCUUGGCCAACAAUAACACCCGUCUGGCACAACAUGUGAAUUUCAGGGGCCAGGACAUUCGCCUGCCGGCUCGUUCCAUUAGCGUCCUCCCUGAUUGCAAGACCGUGGUUUUCAACACUCAACUGGUCACAACUCAACAUAACUCAAGAAACUUUGUAAGAUCAGAAAUUGCAAACAAGAACUUUAACUGGGAGAUGUACAGGGAAGUCCCUCCUGUCGGACUUGGAUUUAAGUUUGACGUGCCAAGGGAGCUUUUUCAUUUGACCAAAGAUACAACCGACUAUGCUUGGUACACAACUAGCCUUUUGUUGGGUCGACGUGAUUUACCAAUGAAGAAAAAUGUCCGACCAGUUUUACGGGUUGCUAGUCUUGGCCAUGGAAUCCAUGCCUAUGUAAAUGGUGAAUACGCCGGUUCUGCACAUGGGAGCAAAGUUGAGAAGAGCUUUGUUUUCCAGAGAGCUGUAAGCUUGAAGGAAGGGGAAAACCAUAUUGCUCUCUUGGGCUACUUAGUGGGACUCCCUGAUAGCGGAGCCUACAUGGAGAAAAGGUUCGCUGGGCCUCGUUCUAUCACCAUCCUUGGUUUGAACACUGGAACACUGGACAUAUCACAAAAUGGUUGGGGCCACCAGGUUGGAAUUGAUGGAGAAAAGAAGAAAUUGUUUACUGAGGAAGGCUCAAAGUCUGUUCAGUGGACAAAGCCUGACCAAGGAGGACCAUUAACAUGGUACAAGGGAUAUUUUGAUGCACCAGAAGGGGACAACCCAGUUGCCAUUGUUAUGACUGGUAUGGGGAAGGGUAUGGUUUGGAUCAAUGGUAGAAGCAUUGGCCGAUAUUGGAACAAUUACCUUAGUCCUCUUAAGAAGCCAACACAAUCCGAGUACCACAUCCCACGGGCAUACUUGAAGCCAAAGAACCUGAUUGUCCUCCUUGAGGAAGAAGGAGGCAAUCCUAAAGAUGUCCAUAUAGUAACAGUCAACAGGGAUACAAUCUGCAGUGGUGUGAGUGAAAUUCACCCACCAUCCCCGAGAUUGUUCGAAACCAAAAAUGGUAGUCUCCAAGCCAAAGUGAAUGAUUUGAAACCAAGGGCUGAAUUGAAAUGUCCAGGCAAGAAGCAAAUCGUGGCAGUGGAGUUUGCGAGCUAUGGUGAUCCAUUUGGCGCUUGCGGAGCCUACUUUAUUGGAAAUUGCACAGCGCCAGAAUCCAAGCAAGUCGUUGAGAAGUAUUGCUUGGGGAAGCCCAGCUGCCAAAUCCCACUAGAUAGCAUUCCUUUCAGUAACCAAAAUGACGCAUGUAUCCAUCUCAGGAAGACUUUGGCCGUCCAACUCAAAUGUGCCUAAACAAAUGCGUGCUUCGACACAGCUUGGAUUAAGCUUCACAUUUUAUUUUUUUUAAUUGAGCUAAGACGGUGCAUGGAGGAGUGCUCGAUCUAUUUAUUUGUAUUUCUUAAAUAUUAAAUGAAUAUGUGCGAAUUCCAGAAUUACAAUAA